AUGUUCGCAGUAUAUUUUCAUGGGCAGUAUAAAGGUCAUGAUGGUCUAAUAGACAAAUUUGACGAAAUGAGGAUCUUUACAGUUCGUUCAGACGAAAGUCUUGAGAAAACUCUAAAUGACUUUCAAACUCAAAUGAACAAAUAUUAUUGGGAAUUUCAAGAAAAAUACGACUCUUUACUAAAUGGAACAUACUAUCUGAAACUAGAAUAUGACAAGAUGAACUCCACCGUUUCAUUUCAAAAGAUUGAAAUUAACCCUCCAAGAGAUACAGAGUUUUUAUUUUGGGAAGUAGACAAACGUUCUUGGGCACAAUUUCUUCGGUUACUAAACCAGAACGAACCAUUACCACCAGAUGGUCCAUUUAAAUUUAUACUUCCACCAGCAGAUUUGACAGUUUAUAGAAACGUGUUUGACCCUCAAAAUGUUAUGUGUCAUGCAAGUUUCAGUUCAAGCAACAAUAGUUUUCUAUGUAUUGGUAAGGACUUUUAUGACUUUGCUUCUAAAUUCUACGAACCACCUAGUAACAGUUUCUCUGACUUUCAAGUUUGGUUCACAACAAAUGGUGUGCAACAUAUUAUUCCAUUGUACUAUGACUUUUAUCUCGAAUUGUCUUUCAUAUAUAACUACGGAAAAGUGCUGAAAAAGUAUUGA